AUGUUCGCCCCGGCCGUUGUCGCCGGCUGGUUCAGUGCAUUGUUCAGUUGCACGACACACACACAUACCUACCUUACACACGCCCCCACGAAUCGUGGAAGCCUCGUGCUUGGGCUGGAGCUUGACUCAAGGAGACGCAAAAACUCAAGGCGCCAUGUUUGCAGAGCGCGGAAGUGCACACUUCAGAGCACCCACGAAUACUAG